AUGCUCAAGACUCUAGGCCGUGGAGCUGAGGCUAUGGGCGCAUUAAUUUUCCAAGUCAUCCCAGAGGAUGUCAUGCUCCCCCCAAAUCUAAAAUCCAGGAUAGAACCUUCACCAAGACCGCUGCCGCUAACGUUUUCAACUAUCCUCUUCGACCUGAAUUCUAGCAGGGUAUGGAUGAAUGGCAGAGGCUACUAUAGUAUCACCACCCCUCCAGUCAUCAAGAGAAACAUUCUUGAGAACCCGGCUGGUACACCGGCUAUACUCCUUAUCAGCCCGAAAUCAGCCAGGGCCGUCUGGAGUCGCUGCUCACUUCCAGACAGUGGUAUCACCAUCGCUAAUGCAAGUCUGUCUAAUGAGGGAACUGCUGCUGCUGAGGCCAUGACUAUGUCGAUGAGCAGUCUGCCAGCUUCGCGGGCCAAACGACCAGGCAAGACAACUUGCGAAUGUGGUUCACAAUCAGGGCGCGAUUCUCAGCGCGGCCACCAUGUGAUUCAAAAAUAUUUUGAGAAAAAGGGUGGUUCCAAGCGUGACAUUUGCUUCAUCCCUGUGUCGGCACACGGCACCAACUCCGCGUCGGCUGCCAGGACUGCCAUGCAAGUUGUUCCCAUCAAGUGCAACACCGCAACUGGUAACCUUGAUAUGGCGGAUCUCGAGGACAACUGCAAGAAGCAUACCGACGAACUGGGUGCUAUUACGAUCACAUAUCCUAACACCUACGGUGUUUUUGAACCAGAUGUGCGAAGGGCCUGCGAACUUGUGCCUGAGCACGGAGGCUUCAUGUACGUGGACGGUGCCAAUAUGAACGCCCAGGUCGGUCUCACCUCGCCUGGUGCAAUUGGUGCUGACUUCUGCCACCUCAGUCUGCACAAGUUCUGUAUUCCCCAUGGCGGAGGCCGGCCUGGCGUUGGGCCUAUCUGUGUUGAGGGCUUCCUCAACCCUUUCUUGCCACAUCACAAGGAUGAGUCCCAGAUCUUGAGCGCGGCUUUUGGGAGUGCCAGCAUCUUGCCCAUCAGCUGGAUGUCCAUUUCUGCAAUGGGUGAUGAUGGCCUUCUCAACGCCACCAAGACUGCCCUUCUCGACGCCAACUACAUGCUUACCCGUCUCAAAGACCACUACCCCAUUCUCUAUAUGAAUGCUAACGGCCGUUGCGCGCACGAGUUUAUCGUUGACGCGCGGCCCUUCCGCGAGUCGUCGGGCAUUGAAAGCUUCCACCUGCCGACCAUGAGCGGGCCUGUCCCCAACACUCUGAUGAUUGAGCGUACAGAGAGUGAGAGCAAAGAGGAGAUGUACCGCUUCGUUGAUGCCAUGAUCAGCAUCCAUGAGGAGAUCCGCGAGAUUGAGGAGGGUAAGCAGCCCCGUGAAGGUAACGUCCUCAAGAAUUCGCCUCACCCCCAGAGGGAUCUCAUCAUGGGCGACGGUAAUAGCAAGUGGGAGCGGCCUACUCGCGGGAGAAGGCUGCCUACCCUCUGCCAUACUUGGAAGAGAAGAAGUUCUGGCCCUCAGUUAGUCGUAUCGACGACAAAUACGGCAACGUCAAUCUCUUCUGCACGCGCCCUCCUGUUGAGGACACCACUUCUGCGUAAAAGCUUCAGAAAUUGAAUAUGGGAAACGACAUGGUACCCUAUCGAAAAGCCAGAGAAGAUAAGCCUGUAGUAUCCCUCCCUGUUGAGAUGCUGUUCGCCUAAGAAAUCGUCGCUGGAUCAAUCGAUCUUGUGCUUGCGAAUUACGCAAGUUUGUUAAUUAUGUUUGCCUUUGACGGUCACAUGGAAAGAACGCAUCCCGACAUGACAGGCG